AUGGUGCUUUGGCCCUCCGACGCUUUGCCCUACCAUCUCUGCCAACACUAUUUCGCGACGCCGCUCACUGGAAUCUUGCCAGAGGCGCUAGGUAGCGCUGCCUUGCGGCUGGAUAACGUGGCCGUGGGAGUGAUAGGUGAGAGGAUUGGACGUGGUCAGAGGAUGUUUGGGGAUCGGCGGGUCGUGUUCGCUUGUUCUGAAGAACUGCUGCUUCUGCUGUCGGAUGGAGAAGUGAAGGGGACAACGUUGCGUGGCUCAAUGGCUGCCUGUUCGAGUGCGAUGAAUAAUUUGAAUUUUUUGCGCGAGCAACCGCUGCUCAAUUGGCUGGACUACUUCGUCGACCGGGCCAGGCUCUCCGCUCUGCUGCGCACCGAAACUGCCGGUAAGCGUGCAACUUAG